ACUGGAAAGCUCUUGCCAAUGGUUAUCAACACCUGGUCCUUUUUUGUCGCAAACGAGGAGGCGUGGCGCAUCCUGAACCUAAAAAAGGGCGGAAUUGGUCAGACGAGGGAUGCCGUGGUGGGCGGAAUUUCGGAGUGCGAGAGGCUGCAGUGCCAUAAAGAAGUGGGCUACGGUGCCAAUCCCGACGAGCGUGGAGAUGUCUCGCUGGACGCCUUGGUCAUGGAUGGCAGCACCAUGGAGAUCGGAGCAGUGGGCGAUCUUCGGCGGAUUAGGAGCGCCAUUAAGGUGGCCCGUCACGUCCUGGAGCACACUCAUCACACCCUUUUGGUGGGCGAUGGAGCCGCGGAUUUCGCCAAUGCCAUGGGAUUCCCGAACGAGACUCUGAACACUGCAGAAACCACAGCCAUGACCCAAAAUUGGACGGAGCAUAACUGCCAGCCGAACUUCUGGCGAAAUGUCUAUCCGGAUCCCAAGUCCUCAUGCGGUCCCUACAAGCCAUUGAAUUCGUGGGAUGAGCACGCUUCUCGAAAUGACCAGGUUGAGCUCGGGCCCGACAACCACGAUACCAUCACCAUGGCCGCCAUCGAUGAGGAGGGCAACAUCCACGUGGGCACUUCUACCAACGGACUAAGACACACGCUACCCGGACGUGUUGGGGAUGCGUCGAUCCCUGGAUCCGGAGCCUAUGCAGACAACGAGGUGGGCGCUGCUGUGGCCACCGGAGAUGGUGACGUCCUGAUGCGCUUUCUUCCCUCCCUCCGAGCUGUGGAGGCCAUGCGGGCGGGCAAAACGCCGGCACAGGCAGUGGAGUCGGUAAUCCAGCGAAUCCGAAAGCACAUAGAUCGUUUUGAGGGCGCCCUUAUCGCCGUGGAUCGGUUUGGAAAUUAUUCAGCUGCCUGUCAUGGUGUGGUUUAUUUAAAGCAGAGCUUCAGGUUCAUAGUUAGUAGCCCGGCCUACCCGAAUCAGCCGACGCGUAGGGAAGUUGUUAAGUGCACUACGGUACUAAAGGAAACUCCGUCCGAACUUGAUCGUCAAGUUAUUUGGUAG